AGCAACUGUAUGGCCCGUGUGGCCCGUGUGGCCGCCAUGGCCGCCAUGGAGAAGGUGCCGGAGAAGGAGUCGGUUCCAGCCUGGUUAAAUCCCACCCACUUGCAUCAACAGCAGACUGCAUUGUUGGUUCUUCUGCAGGCCACCCUGUGGAGAUUCGAAAGUGCCGGGAUUCCGUGUUGGCUCACAGGCGGCAGUUUGUUGGGUGCUCUGCGGCACGGCGGCUUUGUGCCGCACGAUGACGACGUGGAUUUGGAAGCCAUGGAAAGAGACUUAGAGAAGAUGGAGGUGGCGUUUGACCAUCCCAUGCUCGUGUUCCGCCGGGGCGGACGCUGGAAGGCAACUGCCGUCGUCCAUGUGGGCCUCAGGGCCACGCCGAAGGAUAGCUGCGAGGUGGAGCUUGACAUCUUUUUGCGUGAGGAAGCCAUGUUGCCUGACAAGGACUUCCCCAGCGCAGAGGAAGUGUUUCCAUUGAGCUGGUUGGACUUCCACGGCUUGAAGGCCCCUGCCCCGAAGGAUCCGCAGAAACUGCUGGAUCGCCUUUAUGGUCCUGAUUGGCGCAGCACCGCCAAAGUGUGGAGUCAUGACUUCAAUCCCUUUCACAGCCUUGCACACGAUCCGGAACGUGUGACGAUCUCCCUCGAGAGCUACAUGCAGCAGGUGCUGACGGCUGGGUACCAAGCCCCUCGGCUUCUGCACCAGGAGGUCGAAGAGGCCUUGAGAGAAUUGCCAGGCUGAUCAUUGCACGUUGGCCUUGUUUUGUCUCAGAUGGACGCCGUAGUCCUCGCCGUGUACGUAUCUCUUUCCAUAUCAUGGUUACUUCGCUGCAGCGGCUGUGAUCUGUGGCCGACGUUUCUGCCAACGUGCGCGCAUCUUUGGAAGUGCUUCAUGAACCGAGGUCUUGCAGAAAUUGACGAUGGAACGCGAAGCGACGUGGCUGGAAAAGCUACAAAGGCGCAAUCGUGAACAGGCUGAUGCGCGCAGCCGGCUGCAAGAAA